AUGGCACCACCCACAAUCGCAGAGAUAAUCAAAAAUACCGAAUUCAAGCCCGAACUCGUCCAACGCAUCGCCUUCCGCGAUACCCAGCCGACUUUAAAAGUGGUCCCUUACAACCCCGAAUGGCCCAAGAUCUUUGCUUCCAUAAAGCAACAAAUCAUCACUGCUCUCGGUAAUGAUUCAGUCAUCGCUGUACACCACACCGGCUCGACCAGCAUCCCCGACCUCCCCGCCAAACCCAUCAUCGACAUCGACUUGGUCGUUCGAGACAUCACUGCCGAAUCAGAAUACGUUGCGCCUCUGGAAGCAGCAGGCUUUAGAUUCCUACUCAGAGAACCUCAUUGGCAUGGACAUCGCUUUUUCUACGCUUACGUGCCUUAUGCGGUGAAUUUGCAUGUUUGGGGCCCAGAUUCUCCGGAAGUGGUCAGACAUCGAAUCUUCAGAGAAAGGAUAUUGGGGAAUGCGGAGGACAAGGCGGCAUACGUUGAAGCUAAGAUGAUGGCUGCGGAGCAGAUUGGAGAGAAAGGGGGUGAUAUGCAGGAUUAUAAUGAUUUGAAGGAGGAUACGAUUAGAAAGAUUUUGAAGAAUGCGUUCAGGGAGUUGGGGUAUAUUGAGUGA